AUGGUCCGGAGGAGGCCCCGCCCCCGGCCCAGUGCGGGCGGCCCCAGGGGCCGGGACGGGCGCGCCUCGGACCCCGAGAGAGACAGACCCCCGAGACCCCCGGCCGCCUGCCCGCCCGCCCGGCCGCCCCUCUGCCCGGCCGGCCGCCUGCCCGCCCCCCAUCUGCGGCCAUCCUCCCUGCGGCCCGCUCGGAGGACGGACCCCGCAGCCCGCACUCCGCCCGCACUCCUCCGCCCGCCCAACUGCCUCCGCGCGGGGACGGCGGGACCCGCUCCCACCCCCGGACAGGACCGGACCCCGGACCCCGGACCCCGGACCCUGCGGCGGACAGCCGCCCCCUGCGGACCGCCCCGCGCAGCGCCGCGCCCCCGCGCCGCGCCCCCCCCGCCCCGCCCUCGGCAGCGCCCCCUGCAGGCCCCCCGGGCCUCGGGCCGGCCCCUGCAGGGCGCCUCCUACAGCGCUCCCCCUACAGCGCGCCCCCCUGCAGAGCGCUCCCCCUACAGCGCGCCCCCUCCGUACAACGCGGCCCCUCCAGCGCCCCCCGGCGGGGGUGGGGGGAUGCGGCCGUCCGGCCCCUCCCAGCCGCCCCCCGAGGAGCCCGGAGAGGAGCCCUACCUGCAAAGCUGCUUCUCCAGGGAGAAAGUCUGCCUGUCCUUCGGCCUGUGGCUGCUGUCCGCCCUCUUCUGCACCGCCGACCACGCCCUGCUUUUCUACUUGAGAUGCGGAAAGAACCCCAGACCAGACAAGUCUGUAUUUGGUGUUAUUUACUGCUUUGUGGGCAGUCUGUGCAACACAACUGGAGCUCUUCUUUGCAAGCAACUCCCUAUCCAGGUUUUCACUGGUGCUUAUCUGGCAGCCACAGAUGUCCUAAACUUUCUAUUGAUCCUUUUUCCUCUCUGUGGCUCCAAAUUCAAGCCUAAGGCAGGUCGGAGCUCUCGGGAGAGGAAGGGUCGGAGGAAGGUUAAUGCUAGCCUGUUUGCCCUCAUUGUGCCUCUUAGUGUGGGCACAGGCUGGUUCAUCCUGAUGCCCGCCUCCUGGUCAACUGUGGAGUGCCGUGGGCCGCGGAGAAGGCUCCUUGGCACACUUCUUCAGGAAAAUAGUGAAAUCCUGGGCUGCAUCCUGGGAGUGAUUGCUGUGAUUGUCACCUGGACCUCCAGGAUCCCCUUAUUUGCCAAAAUAUGUCAGGGGAAGACUUGCCCGGUGCUCCGCCUGUGGGCCAACCUCUUCUCAGCCCUGGCUAGCUUCCUGUACGCCUCCACCAUCGUGGCCCACAGCCGGCAGCCGGAAUACCUGGCGCGCGCCGUGCCCUGGUUCCUGAUCGCUCUGGGCUCUGCGGCACUCGACCUGGCUGUUAUUUUCCUUUCCUGUGUGAUGAGAACCAAGCUGAACCAGAUGCUGGGUUUCCCAGUCGGAGCGACAGAAGCCGCUGACACAGAGGCUCUCCUGACUUGUGCUGUGAAGGAGGAUGACGAGAAACAGGGAGGAGAAGGAGAAGACAAGAAUUCGGAUUGGGUGCCACUCAACAUACUUCCAAACAACAAGUACCUUAAGAAGAUGGCAGCCAUCGGCCGUUAUAUGGAGCUGACCAUCGAACACGUUCAGGAGAUCGGCUGCAGCGCAACGCGACUGCCAGGAGAUGGACAGACCAGCGUUGGUGAAGUAGCCCUGCAGGACCCUCCGUCUCUGCUUGAACCUCCAGCCUACCCACCCAUCCAAGUCAUCCAUGCCAAAGUCUCUUCCUCUAGCUCUUCCGAGGUCUCCUCCAUAAACUCUGAACUGGAGCAAAAAUAUUGGGAAGCCCUAAAUUCAGAACAGUGGGACUUUGAAGACGCGAAUCUUCAGUGGAGCAAAAACAACUUGGAAAUGCCCAGGGUUCAGCCUCUUCGGGGUUCAGGACUCAGAACGCCGACUCCGUCGGACUCUUAAGGACUCGAGGCCAAGCCAUCUAAGAUGGGGUCAUAAGUCUGAGAAGAAUUGGGUGCACGUUUGGUGGCGAAGGUUGUAUGAGUGAGAAUCCGAUGUACUACGAUUUGCCAACCAUCUCUGUGGAAAGACAGUGAGCGUCAAGUAUUGCAUUUUAGUGAGUCAUUCCGACAUUUCCUUUCCCCUGUGUUCCUCUACUCCACCCUAAGCAAUACCCCCUCCAUUCAUUCUCCCUCCCCUUGCCCCUUCCGUAACGGCAGCAGUAGUAGUAAAGGCGUUUACUCAGGGUCUACUGAGCACAACACAUUGUUCUAAGCGCUUGGGAAGUAAAACAAAAGCACAAGACAUAUUCCCCGCCAAGGAGGAGGACAGGGAACUGGCUAAGUCAAACAAGAAAAGGGUGAUAUUUCCCUUUCUAUCCUAUCUGUUUCACCAGCUGGAUAGAAGACUUAUUUGCUUCAUUUAUAUCGAAUCCAGAGCUUCCUGCUUCCCUGAAGGCUUUGCUGGGCCCUCUUAUCAUCAAUUGUAUUUAUUGAGCGCUUACUAUGUGCAGAGCACUGCACUAAGCGCUUGGGAAGUACAAAUUGGCAACAUAUAGAGACAGUCCCUACCCAACAGUGGGCUCACAGUCUAAGUCGGGUGUUGGGGAAGGGGAAUUUGCGGGUGAUAGUCCGCCUUUUUUUAAAUCAAAGUAUCCUUAUUUGUUUUGAGAAAAUACAACGUGCAGCAUGCAGAGGGUGGUAAAGGGAGCGGGGUGGGUGUGUGUGAAUGGGGGGGUUUACAUUCAAGCACAACAAUCCUGCUGUCCUGAUUCCUUUUUGACAUGAUGAUCAGGAUGAAGAAAAGGGACUGGUUUGGGCUCACAUCGUUUGAUGUCUCAGGGCGAUUCUGAACCACAGCCCGACUUGGGUGCCAGAGUUUAACCGUUAAGUCCAGUGUGUACUCCCUCCCUCGAGAAGCGUCAAUAAAGGAAGCCUGCCUACCUGUGUUUGCCUGUUCUGCGUGCCGAACGAA